CCGUUUCACGUGUGUGUAGGCGGGCGACAACCAGUUCGGGCGGGUGUCGUCGAGUCGAGAGUGAACUUGGCGAGCGAGUGAUCGAGAGGUGAUUUUGUUCGUGUUUUGAUCGCGUUUGUUUGAAUGGAGACUGGAAUAAGUGUGUUUUCGUUUAUUUUAAGGAAGUUACUGGAGAACGCGUUGAGCGUGGCCUGGGGACGUACAACGGAAUCGAUCACAGCUAAUCAAAGGGUGAUGAGCUAACCUUGUGGGUUCCGUGCUAUUACUGGAAACAGCCAAGAAAGUAAAAAGGAUUAUACAAGAGUUAAAUUUCGCUAACUGGAGAGUUGGACGUUUCAGGACACGGAGAACUUGGUCCGCCGCGUCGUGAUGGCCAAGAUCAAGGUCCAACGACAGCAGCUGAAGGGCCCAUAUAGCCGAGGCGGUAAACGCACGGGUAUUCAGCAUGACCAUGCUGAGGGUGACGGGUUCGAUUCCCGGUCGGUCCAGGAUCUUUUCGUAAAGGAAAUUUCCUUGACUUCCUUGGACAUAGAAGUAUCUUCGUGCCUGCCACACGAUAUACACAUGCGAAAUGGUCAUUGGCAGAGGAAGCUCUCAGUUAAUAACUGUGGAAGUGCUCAUAGAACACUAAGCUGAGAAGCAGGCUUUGUCCCAGUGAGGACGUUACGCCAAGAAGAGGAGGAGGACAGCAGCUGAAAUGCGUCCUGACAAGCUAAGGGUAAUCGUGAAAGUUCUCUGUCCCAAGCACAACUCAACCACAUGUCUACAACUACUUGUGCAAGGACCUAGAAAGCUAUUUCCAGAACAGAGUUUUGGUCUACAAGACUGAUCUGAGAUGCGGAAGGAGUACUCCAAUCUCGGCCCUACGUUGUGGAGCACGAUGUACGAAGGAAUGUUGAGACUGGAGUUGUCAAGAAGAGUCAAGAUCGUUGGUUUCGUGGAUGACAUCGGCCUAACGAUAACAGGUGAGACUCCAGAAGAUAUAGAGAAGCUGACAGCGGAGACGAUCGAUAUAAUCCAGACUUUGGUCAAGCUGCAAUUGUCUCAUCACAAGACGGAGGUAGUGACUGUCGUCAGCAACUGUAGAGCAGUUCAGCUGUUCAUAAACGACAUCGGAGGAAGCAUAACUCAAUCGACGCGUGUGCUAAAACACGUGGUUGAAGAUUGGAAAACAUGAGACACGCAAAGAAAGGAAGGUGGACCUACUGGGUCCAUCCAAAUGUGUCGAUAAGAGAAGUGAACAGUAACCUGCAGAAAUUUCUAUCAAUUCAUGGAUGCUUUAACUACAAGCUUCUUGCAUCGAUUCGCAUAUGCAUAGAUCCUGCAGAGAAUCUUCCAAUUUCUUGGCAGAGAAUCUUCUAGAUUCCUGCCGGAGAGACUCCCAGAUUACUACUAGGGAGUCUCUCAGAUUUCUGUCAAGGCACAUCCCAGAUUCCUGAUAGGGAAUUUCCUAGAUUCCUGCCAAGGAAUCUACCAGAUUCAAGUUGAGGAAUCUCCAAUAUUUGUGUCGGGGAAUCUCUCGGUUUCCUGUCAGGGACUCCCCAGAAAUACUGACAAGGAAUUUUCAGGAUUCCUGUAAGGCUAUAUGCCAAAGAAUCGCCAGGAGUCCAAUGCGGGACAUUGACAUCCGAAGUUAAAUUGAGAGAUAAAGCUCUCGAAGACGGAUCCGGAUAAGGUAGCGCUUCAAAUCCAGUUUGACUUUCUAUUCCGCAGAAUCGUAACUUGUUCUGCGACUUUGUUGGUUAAAGCGUAGGACUAGCGAAACAGAGUCGUGAGUUUGCAUCUCACCAAUGCAUGUGAUCAUUUUUUUUUCCUCAAUUUGUUUGAUACUGAUAAUGAUUUCAUACGAAAUGCAGUACCUGAUUGGGAAACACGCCAAUAGCUGUGAGGAAGAUCAUUUCUCCUUAGAGGAUGACACCACAAUUAACCAAAUUAAUGGUCGCAGUGGCACUAUGCCCCCAAGAGGAAAAAAAAUACCAGAAGGAGAGAGCUUCAAGGUACCAUUACAAACAGACAAAAAGGACAGGAAUGACCAAUAAUUUUGUCGAUAUUUACAGCGAAGGGUUUUAUCCAUGAAACACCGACUACAGCAGCGUAAACUUUUUUUAAUUUCUUCAUUUUUAGUUAAUUUAACCUUGCUAAUCACUAAACACUAGCAGCGUAAACGAUAUGAGGGUAUCCUUGCAAAAUUAGCGAUUAGAACUGUCAACAAGUAACAGUAGGAAACUUCGUGCUUGUUGAAUAGCCGAAACGCAUGGAACGGAACGAUGUGUGAAAGUCUUAUUGUUCAUUGGCACUUUUUUUUUUAUUCUUAAUCACUUAACCUAAUUUACAGCUCUAUUGUCCACUAGGGCACUACGUGAGCGAUUUCAAUUGACAGCUGCAUCUACAGUAUUGUACAGCGCCUAGAUGUGUUCUAUUAUACUUUAUCGAACUGGUUGCCUUUCUGCUGCUUUCACUUUUCUACUCUAUACAUGGUAGAAUGAUGAGCACAAGGAUGAUGGAUGGUCGUUGUUCCUUUCCAGUCCGAUUGGAGGUCCAUUAUGAGUAGCAGUUCGCCGAUAUCCAGGUAGUCCGGAUCCGUUUGAGCCAUGAGGCUCAGAAGAGGGUCAGUGUCAGCCGCUCUCGGUGAAGAGCAACUGACGAAAAAUUGCAUGUGCCGGGGCUGGGAAUCAAACCCAUGACCAUCCGCAUAUGAAGCGAACGUGUGACCAACUACGCCACGGGCCCCGACUCAUUGGCACUUGACAUAAAAGUUUAUGAUAGUCAAAGUAUGGACUUACCGACGCUGCUGAAUGGAGUUGAAAAUUCCUUGAGGAAGCUGAAGGACAGGCGAUAUUCUGGAAUUGACCUUAUCAUUGGGAUCGAUCAUAGUGAAAACCAGUGCUGAGAAAUUUUAAGAUGAUUUUAAGAUGAUUAAUUUCUGCAUAGAAUGUAGCUAUUUUUCGUUUGGUGGCUCUUUCUAUAAACAAAAAUUUGGCACUGCUAUGGGGAACCCACUCUCUCCGAUGAUAGCCGAUCUGGUAAUGGAAGACAUUCUUGAUCAGGCAGUAGAGGCUGUACCAUUUCCAAUUCCAUAUAUAAAAAAGUAUGUGGAUGACUUGUUCCUCGCUCUUCCAGAGGAUAAAAUUGAAAUGGUCCAAGAAAUCUUCAAUGGUCAAGAUGAAAACCUACAGUUCACAAUUGAACGAGAAAAGGAAAAUCGCUUGCCGUUCCUGGAUAUGGUUUUAACCAGAAACCUAAACCAAGCUAUUACGACAGAAUGGUAUAUGAAACCAAUAUCAUCGGGACGGUUUCUUAACUAUCGAUCUCUUCACUCUUUUUCGCAAAAAAUGAAUGUUGCUUUCAAUUUCGCCAAACGGGUGUACACGUUCUCAACGAACAGUAGAGAUAACGAAGUUGAAAGUGUGAUACGUCGCCAACUCCUGAUUAACGAUUAUCCGAACACGUUGAUCAGUCGAGUCAUCAAUAGAGUGAAACUACGUAGACAAGAAGUGGAAACAGCUAUGGAAGCGAACGAAAACAGACCAGAUGAGGGAGAAACCGUUUUUCGUUCGCUCACCAAUAUCGAAGGACUCUCACAACAGAUAAUAAAAACACUGAGAAGGGAAUAUCCUACACGAAUAGCCACCAAAACAACAAACACGGUUGGCACAAUACUACCACCAAUUAAGGACAAGACAGAUAAUGACGACCAAAGUAAUGUAAUAUACAAGAUCGACUGCAACAACUGUGAUGGCUGCUACAUUGGAAUGACAACGACGAAGCUGAAAACACGCAUAUCGGGACAUCGCUCAAAUGUACGCAGACUGACGACACUAAGAGAAGCAGGACACACCAAUUCGGACGCAGCGAUCAUUAGUAUUAGAGAAAAGACAGCGCUAGUAGACCACGCAGCAGAAAAUGACCAUGUAUUCAGACUAGACGAUGUAAAGAUAUUAGAUAGGACACAAAAACCAUCAAAUCUUCCCAUCUUGGAAAGCUGUUACAUAUACAACACGCCACACACGGUAAACAAACGUACUGACACAGACAAUCUGAACGUAGUCUACGCUGGUCUACUCCACUCUAUAACAAACCUAAAAAGAACGAGAACGAAUAACCAAAACAGAACCAAUGUAAACAUAACACGAACCAACCACACUGACACAAUUAUAACCGACCAUACAACACACGAAUAGAACGAACUUUAAACUGUCAUUUUGAAAACUAUACGCAAAAGUAGUGGAUUGCGGUCCGGGUUCAGACUACCAAAUCAGUUUUUCGAAAUUUGAAGAUUUUUCCGGUUCCAAAAAACGGACAAAUUUGUAAGUAGUAAGUGACAAUUAGGUAUUCCUUAAUUAACAAUAACUUCUUAUAGCAAAAACAAGGAAUGACAGUUAAAAUGUUUCAAAAAACAACUACUAGACGAAGAAACAACAAUUUAUUCGAUUCCCUGAAGAAGAUCCAAUAAGGAUCGAAACGUUGGAAAUAGAAAACAUAUAGUUGUUUUUGAUCCCCGAAAAGACUGAAACGCCACAAAAAUACCCAAAAAGUCUACCAAACAGUCGUCGCCAAAGCUGAUGAUUAAUGCCUAAUGAUACUCGCUGUGGAGUGGGACAAUAUUACAAACAUGCAACAUAACUUCAUGCGCACCAAUCUUGGUAACGAACAUAUAUCAGUGAGUGACAUAAAUUCUACGUCGGAGCGACGGUAACAUGGGUUGUGCCAAUAAUGCGUUCGUCACGAAUGUGUUUGUUGGCGACUAAGAAUGGAGGAAAACGGAAAAAGUAGUACUCGAGGCUGUAUUGUGUUCUCGAUACUAAACGGAUUCUCAACAUGAAUUCAUGGAAAUAGAAUUCGCCCCACGGAAACUCAUGAAGAGAAUUAUGAAAAGAGCAUAUAUUAUUUUCGAAAAUAAACUCGUUUGAGAUCUUCUAGAGCAGCUUUGUGAAUUUUCAGAAAAAAAAAAUCAGAAAAUUGGUGGCGAAUUUCUCAGCGAAGACCACGCAAGCAUCUCUGGGCUCCUCCGAGAUAUUCAUAGAUAUCUUACAGGAAUAAAUGGUAGAUUUAUUCGAGUCUUUGGGAGGUUUCAUGGAAGUAUUUCCAAAGCAGAAUUACUAAAAAAAAAGAUGAUUUCUGGAAGAUACUGUAAAGAAAUCCAUGCAAGAUUUUCAAAAAAAAAAAACUAGUGGGAUUUACGGAGAAUGCUUGGAUGAUUUUCUUAAGUAUUUAAUCCAUGGAAGAAUUACUGGGAAAAUCUGAAUUUCUAAUACGGGGAAUGAAGUAAUUGACGGUAAUUUUGGCGGAAGUUAUAAAGAAACUCUUAGAGAACUUUCUGAAGCAUCUUUUGGAAGAUUUUCUCAAAGAAUCCCUAGAAAAAUCUCUAGAGGAAUUUUGAUAAAAUAUCUGGAGAAAAUUUUUGAACGAGCUUUGUUAUCCCUGGAAGAUUUUCUAAACAAAUGGGGGAGUUUUUCACAAAUGCCUGUAGGAAUUACUGAAGGAAUUUCUCUGAAAAUGUAAUGUUUUCUAUUGAAAUCAUUCAAGAAAGUUUUGGAGGAAACUAUAGAAUUGUAUGUAUGCAUGGCUUGAGUCUCGCUCUGCAUGCAGUCCCACAUAACUGUAAAGAUUAAAUUUCAUUACGACCUUGAAUUAUACAUACCGUUGUAUGAAGGACAAAAAGGGAGUGUGGCGGAUCCGUAAGUAGGGACACUUACGCGAAUUCCGCGGUUUUAAUCUCCUUUCAACAGUAUGAUCCAACAAGGUUAACAAUGAAAUACACAUCACUUGUCAAGUUUGUUAUAAGAAGGGCGUGUCAAAUCCAUUCCAACUAUUGCGAUAGGAGAACCCACGGAAUUCAGAAACUUUUGAACGAUUUCAUGCGAGGUUUCUAGAAAAAUUCGAAAGCCAUUCGAGAACCAAAUUUCCAAACGAAUAAUUUGAGAAAUUUUCGAAGAAAUUUCUGACGAUUUCUAAAAAAGAUUUAUGGUAGAUUUUCUGGAAGCACUCUAAAAACUCCUAAAAACCCCCGUAGAAGUCUCUUAAGAAUUUCCGAACUCCCGGAGAAAUUUCUGAAUAUGUAUCUAUAGGAAUUUCUGAAGGAAUCUCUGGACGAACUUUCUUGGAGCAUUCCUGGAAGACAUCAUUGGAGAAAUUUUAGAAGGAAUUCAUGCAAGGUUUAUCAAAAAAAAUCCGUAGUAAGAAUCACGAAAGAAUUCCAGGAGGAUUUUCUUAAGUAAUCUAAGAAGGAAUUACUAGGGGAAUCUAAAUUUCUAAAACGGGAAAGCAAUUUCUCACGGUUAUUUUGGAGGACUGAAAGCCAUUACCCCGAAUCAACAUAUCACAGUCGUAUUUAUAAGAAAAUUUUGGAGGAAUUUAUAAAGAAAUUCUCAGAGAAAUUUCUGAAGCAACCCAUGAAAGAUUUUCCCAAAGAAUUCUUAGGAAAAUUUUGGAAUGCCCUAGAGGAAUUUCUGAAAAAAUCCCUGGAGAAUGCUUCCGAACGAGUUUUGUAAUUCCAGAUAGAUUUUCUGAAUGAAUCCGUUGAGGACAUUUUUAAGGUAUUCAAGGCAGAUUUUGUCGUUGGAGAAAUUUCUGGAAGAAUCAUAGUUUAUUUUUUGGAAAAAUUAGAAAACUUCAUGAUUGGGUGACUUAGCGAUGCUGAUUUUUUAUAAUUAUAUUCUUCUGGCAAUUUUUGAAGGAUUCUCAGUAAGAAUCACUAAAUAGAUUCUUGAAAGAAACUCUGAAAAUAUCAUUAAUUUUUUUUUAUAAAAAUCAAACAAGAAGCUUUUGGAGGAAUCUAAAGAAGAAUUUUUGGAAUAUUUCUGGAAAUUUGUUUUUGAAAAAUCACGGCAGAGUUUAUGAAGCAUCCUAUGGGAGUUUUUCUAGAAGAACUUUUUGAAAAAUUUCUGAUGGAAUUUGUAAAUUUAUUUAAGAACCAAAUUUUCCAACGAAUUCUUUUGAGAAAAUUCCAAAAAAUAAUAUGGACGAAUUUUCGAACGAAUUUUUGGUGAAGUUUCCAAAAAAAAAAGAUUAUCUAAUGAAUGUCCGAAGAAGUCUCUGAAGAAAGAUCGCAACUCUGAAGAAAGAUCGCAACUCGUGGAGAAAUUUCCGAAUAAUAAGCUACAGGAAUUUCUCAAGGAAUCUCUGACAGAAACUCUGCAUGAAUUUCUGAAUAAAUUCAUUUUUAGAGUUACCCAUGCAAGAUGUUCUAAAAAACUCUUUAUGAAUUAUCUGGAGGCAUCUCUUGAGAAAAAAAUCUGAAGAAAUCAGGGUUGCCGAAUUUUUAAAUACGGAAUCACAUUUUUUUUUAAUUUAGAAAUUUUACAGAUUUUUUGAAAAACAAUACUUCUUCUAAGUUUCAAUUUCAAUUUAAAUACUUACGUAGUACUGAUUGAAAAUACCGAUUUUUUUACUAUCAAAUACAGAUAAACAGUUUUUCUACGAAAAAUAUAUAGAGUGAAAUGCGGCAACCCUGAAUAGAAUUCCUGAAGUGUCACCAAAGAAAAUUUCCGAAUGAAUUCUUGAAAGGAUUUCUCAAAGCAUCCGUGAAGGGUUCGAUGAUUUUUUAGAGGAAUCCUUGAAGAAAUCGUCCAAAGGAUGCCUAAAUGAUAUUAAAAAAAAUUGAGAAUUUUCUUAAGUUUUCUUGAAGAAUUAUUUGUACAAUUUCUGAACAAAUCUUUGAAGGAAUAUCUCAGGCAUUAUCCAAAAAAAUCUGAUUAAUGUGAAUUCCAAUCAAUUGGAAAUUGAUUCACUUUAUCAAUGAAGGAAUUCUUAGAAAAUUUUCUGGAGCAAUCUGUAAAGGAAGUUUAAAAAAAAUCCCUAGAGGAAAAAAAGGAAAAUUUCGUGCAAACCGCCGGAGGAAUUUCUUAAGAAAACCCUGAAGCGAUUUCUAAAGUAAUCCCUGGAGAAUUACCUGAAUCUUCAGGAAGAGUUAAAGUUGGAUUCUUAAGCAAUGCAUGCGACAUUUUUUUUUUUGAAUAUUCCUAAUAAAAUUUCUGGAGGCUUCGCUACAUAAAUUUCUAAAAAAAACAUGAAAAGAACUUUGAAACAAUCUCCGAAAAAUUUCAUCUUUAAAAGUUGAAAAUAAAAUUUUAAGGAAUUCUUGGGAAAAUGUCUGGAGGAAUCAUCUCAAUGGUUAAAUUUCCAAACGAUUCCUUAAAGGAACUUCUGAAAGCAUUUUCCAAUGAUUUUCUAAACAUUUUCUGGAGGAAUUUUUUAUCCUCAUUCCAAAACAGAGACAAAUCACGCCAAAGCGUCUGGAAUUACAGAUGACAAGCUGCAUUUGUGUUUGCACGCUGUGCACUAAUACUGAACCGAUUGACCCUCAUUCGGGCCGAACUUGGCGACCAUCGUUCAGCAGCGAGUGUCAUAAUUUCUGCAUCGGAGCGACGGUAACGUGCGUUAGUUAUUGAGAUUCGCAAAUUAUGAGCGCGGUGGGAUUUCCUAUCGUAUCAAUACGUUUGUCUCGAAUAUAUUUGUAAGAGGAAAAAGAAGAAUGUAGAUGUCGAGGCGUUUUUUGUGUUAUGAAGAUGAUGGUGCACAACACUGGUUCAACCGAUACAGUGACAGCUCACCUCGAAGAAAAAAAGCCUGCAAACUUUAAAUACAUUUGAUAAACUAAACAAUUGCUCCAUAAAUCAAGAUAUUUUCUAGUUUGAUUCAAUAUCAGGUAGAAAUUUAGAUUAUGGAAUAAACCAACUGAUAGAGGAUUGAGAAAUUCUUAAUAAUUGUAAAAAAGUUCAUGGUACUCUGUAAGAUCAGCAACAGGCUCUGUCCUAGUUGGUACAAUGUACCAAGCCAAGAAGACAAUGAAAAUGAACAGUUUCGAUCUCUUUAUCCAUUGUACAGCUUCCAUUUGACCUUUCUACAAGUUUCCCACACUUAUUCGAACCGAUCAUCCACAAUCGCAAUACUAUAUGUGUCACUGAAUCGCCAUCCGCCCAUGAUAGUUUCCCAUAGUUUCCAUUAUGUAGUGUUUGCACAGCUGCAACAGCAGCACUCACUAAUCCCCUUGGUUCUUAAAAUAGAUUUCCUCGUUUGUUGUAACUCAAUCUCGGUUGUAUGUAAAUUAACUCUCGCUUUAGGAAACCACUCCGACUCCAUGUCCCUGUACCACCAUCAGCUUCCUAUUGCACCCAAUCCGUGUGGUUGUUAAGACCCAAACAGAGUUAAUCAUGCGAGUUGCGGGGGAGUUCAACAACAGCAACAAGAUUAGGAUGGGGGCUCAAUCCGACGACGGAGUCGCAGAAGUUUGAUUCAAACGCAGCAGUGGACCCCUAGCCCCCUCAUCGAUGUGAUAAAUCAAAUCAGCUAAAAUCAUAUGAGCGGAAGGGUGCGCGCACAAUGUAAUCCCUUAGCGUCGUCGUUUCGCGUCGUAACACGUUUGAAAUGAGGAACCCCCGACGACGAUGACGCCGACCGGCGGAGUCUCGGGGUAUUUUCAUCGCCCGCGGAUUAAAUGGCGCCCGCAAUCCGCGAUCCGCCGCGAUCCGACUGCGAACUGGCAGCGUGUUUUUGAUUUAUGAAGCUGCCAACCAGUAAUUAGCAUUCGGAUUUGCAUAAGUGGGCAUUUUGCUUUCGAUUGGGUUUCGAUUCCGACCGAACGGAGAUUUGCCGCCGUCGCGUCAUCAUCAUCGUCGAACCGCGCCGCGCCGCGCACUGACAAAUGUGUGUCCCCCCUUCCUUGAUAGGUAAGAUCUUUAGCGCGGGAACGAGCGAUAGAUCGAUAUUUUGAAACGCGAUCAUGUGCGAUGACGAUGGCUAGGCAGAGAUUGCACAUAGUUCGCCUCCUUGAACCCUUUUGUUCGUUGUUCCCAAAAUCGAUCGGCUCAAUCUAUGCCAAUCGCCGCACCAAGAUCCACUGACUUUCUACCUAGCACUAGAUCAUGUCGCUAUGCCGUAGUCUCGCGUUGGACUGUUGUGUUUUGGACGAGAGGUCCCCGGGACUGGGUGUGUUGCACCCAACAGCAAUCCCCUUGCGAACGGAUCCCUAUCGGGCGUGUAUCUCUACCACUCGGAACUUGGCCAACAAAAAGGGUCCCAUCAGGGCGAGCAGUUUUUGCGACGAUUGUUGUGAGCUCUUCCCACGCAACCAAAAUGGUACCAGUUCAGCAAUGCGCUGAGUCAACAGGAGAAGCCAAUUUGAAGGGAGGUGGGUCACACGGGGAGGUGGAAGCUCCCGAGCGUCUAUCCCCGGCGAAAACUGGCGUUUGAGCCUAAGUAUAUCGCACUGUAUUUGGAAGACAUUCCAAUGCAAACCCGCCAGCGAUGGAAGCUCCAAUCUCCAACUUCAUCGGGAGCAUCCGCAUGCACGCCGUAUUACUGGGGUACCGCGGGACCGCUGCAGCAGGAGGCAUGUUACUGUACCAUCUAUCAGAAGAAGAUCAGAUUUGGCUUGUCUUCUUACACGCUCACCAUCUACGGGACGCUAGAGGUAUUGUUCAGGUACUUCGAGUAUGGCUCGUGAGAGAUUACAGGUCCCAACAGGAACAAACUUUUCAGGAAGCGCGGUAAUGAACGGUACAUCGCCAAAGUAUACAACUCGGCACUAAAGUGCCUGACCUGCCCAGAGGAUAGAAGCUAUGCGAAGGUUCGAUCUUAAUAUCCAGGUACAAGCCGAAAACCUAAAAUUCGACAAUAGUGCAGGCCACUGUGUGUCGCCCUGCGAGCAGACCCAUAUCGCAUGCCCGCCGACAGCGGGAACUGGGUGCCGGAUAAGACCUAGCUAGUGGCGAUCUUACAACUGACCAAUUUCCAUUCCAAUAGGUUGUUUCCACUUCUAAAGAGGACUUCGCAAUAGCGAAGAUUACCGGGGUGUACUAAUGUAUAGUAUGCUCCUCCCAGCUAGCCAGUUCUCGUCCACACAAGAUUCGCUAUCUAUCGGUAGCUGUUCGGUUUCCCAGAUCUUGACUCUGAUGCAGACAGAUGGCCAACUUUUCCGAGCUCAUCUUGAUGAGUUCAGCUGCGAUACCGCCCUUACCAGCCGCUUUGUUGUUUUUGAGCUGGUGGAUGGCAUCCUUAACUUCCCUCAGCGUGGGAGUUGGUUCGUUCCCGUCCUCUGCUGCACCAACAUAGUCAAUUUCUCCGCUGCCUUGGUCCUCCGUGCCUACAUUCUCUUCGCCAUUCAGGUGCUCGUCGAAGUGCUGCUUCCACCUUUCGAUCACCUCACGUUUGUCCGUCAGGAGGCUCCCGUCCUUAUUCCUGCAGAUUUCGGCCUGCGGCAGGUAGCCUUUGCGGGAUGCGUUGAGCUUCUGGUAGAACUUGCAUGUUUCCUGUGAACGGCACAGCAGUUCCAUUUCCUCGCACUCCGCUUCUUCUAGGCAGCGCUUUUUCUCCCGGAAGAGACGGGUCUGCUGCUUCCGCUUCUGUCUGUAUCGCUCCACAUUCUGUCGAGUUCCAUGCUGCAGCAUUACCGCCCGCGCUGCAUCCUUCUCCUCCACAACCGCUCUGCACUCCUCGUAGAACCAAUCGUUUCGUUUCGGCAUGAAACAGUAGUUAUACCGGCCAUAGCCAUUAAAGCGAACUUUGGGACUUGCACUGACAUAUUCAGAGAUGGAUUUCCGGAAAGGUGGUGAAGGCAAUGAUUGAUUCUACUGCUACAAUACGACCUGGCGACCAAUCUAUCUGCUGGGCGCCAUUCAGAAGCUGCGGGAACGGGUAAUUUUGUCGAGGCUUAUGAUCUAUAUCGGGAGGUCAGAUGACGCCGGACUUUUGGACAACCAAUUUGGCUUCCGAAAAAAACGAUCGACGGUGGACUUUGAUCAGGCCAGUGACCAAAAUUACCCAGAUAGCGUACCAAAAGAAGCGACGGAGAAUCUGCUACUGUGCGGUUGUCUACAGUGUCUGCUGGACCGCUAUUGAUAGCACCAUUCACGCCUAGGCGUCGCGGAAAGUUUUUGCCGGAUCCUAGAGAGCUUCUUCCGGGACAUGUUGCUUCUCUACGACACCGAGGCAGGAGAAAAGCGCUACCGUAUUACCCCGGAGGUACCCUAGGGAUUGAUUCUGAGCCCAGUACUACGGAACGCGAUGUACGACAGCGUAGUACGUCUCACACUACCUCCGGGUGCCAGAUGUGAAGUUGCUCGGCUUUGCAGAUGACAUUACGCUUGCGAUAUAUGGCGAUAGAGUAGGUUCAGUUUACCACAUCAAACUCGAUCAGCAUAGUGGAAGAUUAUACUUACCCAAGCAACACGACUUGUUGCUAAUCCAGUAACAGCAACCUUAGUGCAAUUUAUUCACUGUCCGUAUUACGGACGACAGAACACAAUUGCUUCUUCUUUGAAACCCAAAAAGCGCAGAUUCUGAAUUCUUAUGCAACAUAAACGAGGAGGAAUGAUAAAAAAGAUUUUGUCCAGACUCGAACCAUGGACACCAGGAGUAUUAUCUACUCACCUUACAUACUACACCAAAAGCUCUGUGAGAGAAUCGAUGCUCAACACACCAUAAAAGCUACUGAAGUUACUUGUUACUUUAUUGCACCUUCUUUGUCACAAGUUAGCGCACUGUCAAAAUGAAAAGACGCUCAAGUUUUCUGUAACGCAUAUGGAACCUAAUCUGAACAAACGAACCAGAGUUGGAUGUUUCAUGCAUGUUACAUAACACAUUUAAUGUAAGCUGACUGUAUUAUCACUUGCGAGCAAUAUGUAAGCUCCGCCUCCACGAAUCGAUGUCAAACACGUGGUAAUUUGUGAUUUCUAUGAAACAAAGCCGCAACUUCACGAAUUUCGGAGUUUAAAUGCAACUCAACUGACAAGAUGGAAGUUUCGUGUGCUUCUAGUGCAACUCAUUUAGACCAAAGCAUAAAAAGCCACAAUCUGCAUGAUGUUGCAGGUGCUGCUUGGGUAUGAUACACAUGUGAUACGCGAAUCACUGUACAAUUGCACUUGGAAUUAGUGCCACACAGAAAAUUAUAUCCGUUCAAGUCAGUCGUGUUAGAAUUAUUUUGACACUGCGUACCGUGGUAGGUACGUGUAUCACACUUGUAUCGUCUGUCCGGGAUAUUAGAUGAGGUAGAGACAGCUGGAACUCGUCCACCACAAAACUGAGUCUUGGUUUCGGGCUUUGUUUCUGCAAAUCUAAGCUUUUGUUCUCCAGGAGAAGUGGCUCACAACAGUGUCUGCUCCCCAUGUAAAGGGUGGAUGAUCAACGUUUCAGUACCAGUGAAGUACUUUAAGUCAACUGUACAUCUUGGUUCUCCGGAAAGUUAGGGGGCUGGAACUCAAGGCUGCAGCAACGCAGUGUCAGCAACCCAGAUCAAUGGCAAUGACCCCAGCAAACAAAAAGGACUUGCUAUUGGAAACUCGGUACGUUCCAAUCUCCCAACUUCAUCGGGAGCAUCCGCAUACUCGCCGACCUAUUGAAUGACAUUGGCGAAACGAAAACGGCCUAUGACUCAUCGAUUUUGCCGCCUUAAAGAACGUGGCCAUACCUAGCAUCUUUUACAAUACAGUCUCCCUUAUCAUUACCUGGAGAUCACUACAGCGAACGGAAUCGCAAAUCGAGCACGUUCUUAUUGAUUGGCAAC